GCGUAUAGUUUCCCACACAAAUUGAAGUUGAGAAAGAGGAAAAGAAACAAAUUAAGGGAGAAAAAUGGAGGGAUGUGUUUCGAGGGAGAUAGAGGUGAAGGUAUCUGCAAGCGAAACGUGGAAGGCCUACGGCAGCCUCCUACUGGCCGAGAUCGGGGUGGAAGCGUUUCCCGAAAAGUAUAGUGGAUUCAAAGUUGAAGGGGAUGGGUACGCUGGAACCAUCAUCCAAGUCUUUUUCGCUCCAGGGGUGGCAGGGCCACCGUGGUACAAGGAGAAGUACUUGGUGGUGGACGAUGAGAGACGAGUGAAGGUAGGGGAGUUUGUGGAGGGCGGGGUUUUGGAACAGGGGUUUAAAAGCUAUGUGGUGACCUUGGAAGCGAUAGAGAAGAAGGGGAAGAAGGAUGAGUGCAUCAUGAGAGGUAGCAUCGAGUAUGAGUUGAAUGAUGAAGCUGCUUUGCCUUUGGUUACCAGCUCCAUUGAGGGCCUCCUUGGUAUCAUGAAGGCUGUUGCUGAUUACGUCAUUAAACACCACACCACCACCACCACCAACUGACGCCCAUCCAUAUAUAUAUAUAUGUUAUAUAUCAAUUUCAUCGCUUUUAAUUUGGCUGUGAGUUUUAAUGUAUUUGAAUUAAUGAAGGAGGGAGUGUGCGUGUGUCUGCUGUGGUACUGUACCACGUUGUUCUUCUACGUUUCUAAUACUGUAUUCGAAUAUGUAAAUUUAAUUUGAUUGAUUAAAAUAAAUUGGAUAAGUUUUGGAA